GAGUUGAGCUGCGAAUUGGAAUCUGGCGCUAUUGCAUACGCUAGCACUUGCCCAAAGGCUGUCUCGCCGAAAAGUCAGAGAAAAGAUAUAGGAGAAGUUUACGAUCGUGUUUCAAUUUCGAGUGCUCUCACAUAUAAAAAUGCGAUCAGAAAGGCUGUUACGAAAUGGUGGAAGCAUGUUAGCCAGCCUAUAGGGGACACGCAGAUAAUACGGGCCAACAUAUCAAAAUUGGGCUGUUCCAUAGUAAAGUGUCAAUUACAUUAUGUGGUCGUUUGUCGCUACUCACCAAUAGCAAACAUCGCUAAGCAGGACGACAGUCGUGGUGAUCCAUGUACGGAGUGCGCCAAAAGAAAUUGCACAGACCCUGGAUUGUGCUCCGCUAAGAAAACUGUAGUGAUCAACAUAGCCCUUUAGCACGUGGCAGCAUUGUAAAAUGGUGCAAAAUCAAUGCGCCACUUACAAGGAAAGCAUGUUUAGUCGAAGUGGCCUUUUUAGAUGGGAUGUAACCAUAUUGAAGGGCG